AUGUCCGAAGAGAUCAAACACGCUGACCUUGACUGCUCAGGUCCUCUACAGACACCGGAAAGUAUACCUGCUGCCACACAGACAUCUGAAGUCAUAGCCGAGGCCGAACGCCCCUUGAGCUCGUCUCCUCAGCCCCAAACAGCUUCAACUGAAGCGCUUCACAGGCUAGCAACCGGGGGCAAUAAGUCAUCCGGUGAGCCACUGGAGAAUUCAGAAGGUCUGCCAACACCUCCUGACACCCCAGGCCCUUCAUCAAAGCCAACAACCACAUUGGAAGAUGCCCAGGAAGCAGGCACUGCAAACACCAAUGGAGAUACAACAGAGGAAUCGGCUGUUGACUCGACCGUCCCUACCUCAAUCGACGAGGCAAGGGAGUUCUCAUUGCCCGAGUCCGACAGGAGUGUUUCGUAUCACGAAGAUGCCGACCUUCACAUCAGAGUCCAAGAAACGGAUGGCACAAGCGCAGUCUACUCUGUGCGUUCCAGCAUUUUGGAGAGCGUGUCUCAUCGCUGGAAAGAGGAGCUUGCCUCUCAAGCGAUCAACCCAAAUCAGUCAAGCGACCCUGCGUACGGCCUGGACGUCAUCUUUUCCAUUGCCCACUACAAGUUCCACGACGUCCCCAGCAUCCCUAGCAUCGGCAAUCUCUACGAUGUUGCUCUCGUGGCAGAGAAAUUCCAGGCAAUUCAUCUCCUAGUCCCAUUCAUCAAGGGGUGGAUUGCUGGACUUCCAAGCCAGAUCACAAGUCCCGGGGCUGCCGUCGACGAGGACAAGACAUUGGUCACGGGCUGGUUGCUUGGACAAGCUGAGUGGUUCUCCAAGAUUCUGUCGAAUUGUGCCUAUAACGCGCAUAUCGGCGCUGAUGGCCAGCUCUUGGAUUCUGAGGGCAAACCCUGGGGUGACCAGCCCGUAUCCGACGACGUGGUCGAGAUAAUCGCCGCGACGCGCCUUGCUGCGAUUGAAAACAUCAUCAAGGCAGUGAGCGAGCCCGUCCAGAAGCUCUUGAACCCUCAGUACUACCCCGAGGAAGAGAUUCGAUACUGUCAUGCACCUGAGGAUGACGCCGCCCGUGAGGACUGCGAGCAGCUGCAGCUCGGUUCAGCCAUCAUGGGUCUAACCAAAGCUAAACUGUGGCCGCCACCCGAGCCCACGCGGAUCAACGUCAGCCCCGUGCAGCUGGCAAACUCGUACGGUGACGUGCGCAUCAGACGCCACCAGGAGCCUGGCCUGCGCUUUAGAGACGGCGAGUCCGUCGGUGACAGUCAUUCCAAGUGCGGCUUCGGACAUCGUGAGGAGAUUGAGAAUAUCUUGGCCACCCCCGCGCAGCUAUCCACGCAGGUGGUCAAGGAGCUGUAUACGAGGGCCAAGAGAUCGGGGGCUUUCAGCGAAGGGCUCUUUGAGGACCUCAAGCACUUCAUCAAUGAUGAUUUCGCUGUUGCUGUCGAUGGGGAUCUCAAGAAAAGUCCUGUGGAGUACAAGCAGACGACUCCCGCUGCUUCCAGACCCGACGGCUGCUGA